CUCCACCGGCUAUGUGAAGGUGAGCGUCUCCUCCAGUCGCGCCCAGACCGGACCGAGCCGCUCCAGGAGCCGAGUGGAGGUUCUCGGCAGAGUCCUCCUCCCUCGCCAUGGCGCCUCCGUCAGUCUUUGCCGAGGUUCCGCAGGCCCAGCCGGUCCUCGUCUUUAAGCUCACUGCCGACUUCCGGGAGGAUCCAGACCCCCGCAAGGUCAACCUGGGAGUGGGAGCUUACCGCACAGACGAUUGCCAGCCCUGGGUUUUGCCGGUAGUGAGGAAGGUGGAGCAGAAGAUUGCUAACGACAGUAGCCUCAACCAUGAGUACCUGCCCAUUCUGGGCCUGGCGGAGUUCCGGACCUUUGCUUCUCGCCUUGCCCUUGGGGAUGACAGCCCAGCUAUUGUGGAGAAGCGGGUCGGAGGUGUGCAGUCUUUGGGCGGAACAGGUGCCCUUCGGAUCGGAGCCGAGUUCUUAGCACGGUGGUACAACGGCAUAAACAACAAGGACACGCCAGUCUAUGUAUCCUCACCAACCUGGGAGAAUCAUAAUGCUGUAUUUUCUGCCGCUGGUUUUAAGGACAUCCGAUCCUAUCACUACUGGGAUGCGGAGAAGAGAGGACUCAACCUCCAGGGUUUCCUGAAUGAUCUGGAGAGCGCCCCCGAGUUCUCCAUCUUUGUCCUCCAUGCUUGUGCCCACAACCCGACUGGGACCGACCCGACCCCGGAGCAGUGGAAGCAGAUCGCUUCUGUGAUGAAGCGCCGGUUUCUGUUCCCCUUCUUUGACUCAGCCUAUCAGGGCUUCGCAUCUGGAGACCUAGAGAAAGACGCCUGGGCCGUUCGCUAUUUUGUGUCUGAAGGCUUCGAGCUCUUCUGUGCCCAGUCCUUCUCCAAGAACUUCGGGCUCUACAAUGAGCGAGUGGGGAAUCUGACGGUGGUCGGAAAAGAACCUGACUGUAUCCUCCGGGUCCUGUCCCAGAUGGAGAAGAUUGUGCGGAUCACUUGGUCCAAUCCCCCCGCCCAGGGAGCCCGCAUCGUGGCCUACACCCUCUCUAACCCUGAGCUCUUUAAGGAAUGGACAGAUAACGUGAAGACAAUGGCUGACCGGAUUCUGACCAUGAGAGCGGAACUCAGGGCACGAUUAGAAGCCCUCAAGACCCCCGGGACCUGGAAUCACAUCACUGAGCAGAUUGGCAUGUUCAGCUUCACCGGGUUGAACCCCAAGCAGGUCGACUACCUGAUCAACGAAAAACACAUCUACCUGCUGCCAAGCGGUCGGAUCAACAUGUGUGGCCUCACCACCAAAAACCUCGACUAUGUGGCCACCUCCAUCCAUGAAGCAGUCACCAAAGUCCAGUGAAGAAACACCCUCCAGUCCAGCACCACCUGAAUGGGUCUCUGCACGUGUGUCCCCCACCCGCACAAACCCAGCUAUACAUAUCACGGAUUGAAGAGGACUCAAGGACUGAGAGGGGCGGACGCUGUGUAACCUGGUCCAGGGAGAACAUCUCUUGGAAAGAACUGGGGCUUGGGAUUAGAGCCUUUCGGAGGCCAGGGCAAAUUAAGCUUUUUAUUUAAAAAUAAAACAGUGCUCUGAUCAUGAGAUGCAGGUAUCUUGCCACCCUCCCUAGCAGCAGGAGUGUGGCCUGUGUUGUUCGUGUGCUGCUGUGUGUGGCUCAACUCUGCAGAGUCCAGUCCCAAAGAGCAGGUUGCCGGAAGGAGGCGAGUGUGGUUGUGGGAUUCGGCUGUGGCAUUAAAACUCGUCAUCUCCACCCACAGUGUGCUGUCUUCCCGCUCUUUCUGCAUGGUGGCAUCCCUGGUCCCAAGUUUUGUCUUCCGGGUGAGUGUGGUAAGAGAUUUGCAUCAUGACACACGCAGAUACACACUUCUGGGACUGAAACCAAGGUUUCAGAACCGAUACUGACCCUCGCUCUGUGUAGUGCAUCCUGACAUUUUCUAGUUCAUUCUGUUGUAUUCUAUUUCACUGAAAAAAGUUAAUAAAUAAAAUCCUAAUUAAAACCCA